GCGAGCAGGGGGCGUCACAUGAAGGAGGGGAUCCAAGAUGGCGUCGUCAACAACUCUACCGCUGCUGUUUUGUUUAGCAUCAUUUCUCCUCAAGUUCAGCUCUUCUAAACUUUUAAAUGAGCCUUGCUACAAACCCAUCACAGACGGCAGACCAAACUCUGUCAAAACACACGCCCGGCCGCAUGAGUACGUGAAGGUGUCGGAUCUUCCGCCGUCGUGGGACUGGAGGAACAUCAACGGGAAGAAUUAUGUGAGCGUCACAAGGAACCAACACAUCCCCCAGUACUGUGGGUCCUGCUGGGCCAUGGGAGCCACCAGUGCGCUAGCUGACCGUAUCAACAUCAAGCGUGGAGGGUCGUGGCCGUCGGCCUACCUGUCGGUCCAGAACGUGAUCGACUGUGGGAGGGCGGGUUCUUGUUAUGGAGGAGAUCACCUGAGAGUCUACGCCUACGCACACGAGAGAGGCAUUCCUGAUGAAACCUGCAACAACUACCAAGCCAAAAACCAAAAGUGCGAGCUGUUCAACCAGUGUGGCACGUGCUCCUUCUUCGAAUCGUGUGCCGUUGUGCAGAACUACACUGUGUGGAAAGUGGGAGACUACGGAGAUGUUUCUGGAAGAGACCGGAUGAAAGCUGAAAUCUACACCAACGGGCCCAUCAGUUGCGCCCUCAUGGCCACCGACAGCCUGGAGGCAUACUCUGGAGGGAUCUUCUCGGAGUUUCACCCGCUCUCUUUGCCGAAUCACAUUGUGUCUGUGGCUGGCUGGGGCGUGGCAGAGGACGGGACUGAGUACUGGAGCGUCAGGAACUCCUGGGGAGAGUUUUGGGGAGAACAUGGAUGGGCGAGAAUAGUCACCAGUGCCUAUAAAGGAGGAAAAGGCAAUUGGUUCAACCUGGGUAUUGAGAAAAACUGUGCAUAUGGAGAUCCUAUUGUAACAUAGAUAAAUGAAUAAAAUAAUAGAAAGAAUCUGGUUUUGUUAUGCUUGGGUUUAUCGAAAAAAAAACUGUUAAAUCAUUUGGGAAAUUAAGUGAAAGGAGGAAGGAUCUGCUCCAUUUUGACGUUUACUAAUGUGUCCUAAAAACACACAUAUCAAACCUUGUUACUGCAGAAGCAUCUUUUGUCUAAGUAAAUGUAAAUGUAGAGCUCUCCGUGUACUUUUUACAAGCGUGUACCACAUUCAGACACUGAAUUUAAAUAAAUAUUUUAACGCA